GUCAUUAACAAAAAUAUGAUGGUUGGGGUCACUUGUUUUCCACAGCUCUGUGAACCUUAGAAAACUGUCCAAAAUCAGUUUUUAGACCAAAUACCAGAGCCAAAAGUGUUGUGCUAUCAUUUCUGGCCACACUAGGAGAAAUGGUGUGGGUCUUUUGCAAAUGAAAGGGGAGUAAUGGUACAUGUCCCUUUUGUAGUGGCCCACUCCUACUUUUCAGGUUAAUAUCUGUCCUUUUUAAAUAUCUAAAAUGUGUGCAUGUUUCUACUCAUGUUAUGCUUUGAAAUAUACACAGUUUUCUAUGUAUUUUUUUCAAACAUGUAUUAUGCUUUUGAGUGGGUCCACAGAUGUAUAUCAAAGCAAUGACUUCAGAGCAUAAACAAUUCUAAACUCAAUUCCAAGAGGGGAUAACCAACCAGCCCAACAUAGUAGAAUCUCUUGGACUUGAUAUAAAUCCUUUGCACUUCCUUAAAAGGAGUGCCAGAUGUUAGCUUAGAUGUUAGUAGAGUGAUGAAUACAUGUCAGCUUUUAGCAAAUGUUGAAAGGAGAUGGACAAGGUGCUGAAUUUUAGAAGGAAACUUAGAGAAGAUUUGUCACUCAUCUCACCAGGAAGAUAUCAGCUGCCAUUGCCUGAAAGGGAGCAAAUACAAGGAAGAAGAGGCCUCAGCAGGCUUUGCUCUUGAGAACUGCUUAUAAACUGAAGAAGAAGAAGAAAAUUGCAGGGCACUUUUCAUUCUCUUUGGACUCCCUGUUUACAAAAGAGAGAUCGAGAUGCCAUUAAAUACAAAAGAGAUCACUCUGUGCAUGCUUCUCUUUGUAUUAAGUCUGGCAGGAGCUAUUGAAAUUCCGCUUUCUGUGCGGCAGCUCCCAACAAUCACAGCUCAAUCAACUGAUGAAGUAGCAUUCCCUUUUGAUGAAGAGUUUACAAUCAAAUGUGAAGCUAAAGGGAACCCAUGCCCAAUAUUUAACUGGACAAAAGAUGGGAAACCAUUUGACCUACAGCAUGACUCAAGAAUAAUUGCAUCUAGUAAUUCAGGAACAUUCGUUGUUAAAAACCGUGGGAACAUAUCCAGUUUUCAAGGAAAAUAUCGUUGCUAUGCUUCUAAUGAGCUGGGAUCUGCUAUGUCUGAAGAAAUUGCUGUUGUAGUUCCAGGUAUUCCUAAAUUCCCUAAAGAGAAGAUUGGCCCUAUAGACGUAGAACAUGGUGAUGCAAUGGUCUUGCGCUGUAAUCCUCCCAAAGGAAUUCCACCAUUACGUAUUUAUUGGAUGAAUAUUGCUUUGCAACACAUCCCACAAGAUGAAAGGGUCUCCAUGAGCCUUAAGGGAGAUCUUUUCUUUGCAAAUGUGGAUGAGAAUGACAGCCGGAGUGAUUAUUGCUGCUUUGCCUCAUUUCCAAGGCUAAGGACUAUUGUACAGAAAAUGCCAAUGACUCUGACAGUUACACGCUCAAGGUAUACUAAUGAUUCCAGUUCAUCUAGUGAUCCUAAGGCAAAUUUAUUCAAGGAAAGGAAACCAAAACUAGUUAUUCCUGAAUCUUCUGACCGCCAAUCAAAAGUGACUAUCAUGAAAGGAACUGAUCUGCUUUUAGAAUGCAUUGCUGAAGGACUUCCAACACCACAUCUAAACUGGGCAAGAGUUGAUGGAGUCACAGUUCACAGAGGAAGCAUUGAGAAUUAUGGGAAACUGUUGAAGAUAGAACAAGUCACUGCUGAAGAUGCAGGCAUUUAUGAGUGCAUUGCAAGGAAUGCUUUGGGAGAAACAAGACAUGAGUUCCAUGUUGGUGUUGAAGAGCCACCCAUGUGGGUUAUAAAACCAGAAAGUGGGGUUUUCAGUGUUGGUGGAAGUUUUGUACGGUUGUGUGAAGCUGUAGGCGAUCCUGAACCAACUAUCAAGUGGAAAAGGAAUGGCGUUCCUUUGACAGAAACAAAAACCAGCAGGGCUGUUUUUUCAACAAGGGAGAUCAGUAUAACUGAUCUGGUGUUGAAUGACAGUGCAGUGUAUCAGUGUGAGGCUACCAACAAGCAUGGUACCAUUCUUGCCACAGCAAAUAUUGAUGUUCUUGAGAUUCCUCCAGAAAUCCUAACUCCAGAUGGUGAAGAAUAUGUUGUGGUUGUGGGUUACCCAAGUCGCUUAUACUGUCACUUUUUUGCAGUACCUCUACCUGAUGUCUCUUGGACUAAAGAUGACAGCAUGAAACGUCUUGAUGCUGAUCUAAAUGGAACCCUGGAGAUAAGAGAAACAAGAAAAGAAGAUGCUGGGUUUUAUACCUGUGUGGUGAAAAAUAUUGCUGGCAGACGUGCUCUCACAGCCACUCUAACUGUCAGAGAUGCUACCAAAAUUUCAGUUGUACCCAAGAACCCGCAAGUUUUGAAGGACCACCCAGUAUUGUUAAGAUGUCAUUCAGAAUAUGAUCCUCAUUUGAAAGACCACUUUCAGAUUUCUUGGAGGAAGGAUGGCGAGGAGAUUGGAAAGAAUGACACUGACGAAGAAAGAAUAAUUAUGGAGGGAGACACACUGUUUAUACAAAAUGUGGAAUUAGAAGAUCAGGGAGUAUACACAUGUAUAGGCAGUACAUCAUUGGACACUACAGCAGAUGAUUCUCGCAUAACUGUUAUUGAUGUUCCUGAUUCUCCACAAGAUCUCUACAUCUCAGAAAAGCGGAACAGAAGUGUUAGGCUGUCAUGGAAUGCUGGGAACAGCAACAACAGUCCAAUAAAUGAAUUUAUUGUGGAGUUUGAAGAGAAUCGAUGGGAACCAAGAAAGUGGCGAGAAUUAAUCAGGGUCCCAGGGAAUGAUACUACAGCUGUCUUACCACUGGUCCCUUAUGUCAAUUACCAGUUCCGUGUGAUAUCUGUUAAUGCUGUUGGGAGAAGCCAGCCUAGUGAAACAUCAGAACGAUAUGAAACACCUCCAGCUGCUCCAGAUAAGAACCCAGAAAACAUCAGAGUUGAAACUUCUAAACCACAUGAGAUGAAUAUGACUUGGGAGCCAUUAAAACCUAUGGAGCACAAUGGACCCGGGCUAGAAUAUAAAGUGAACUGGCGGCAGCAGGAUGUUGCUGAGUGGGAGGAAGAAACAGUGCAGAAGCAUUUCUUGGUGCUGCAGAACACUCCUACCUUUGUACCUUAUGAUAUCAAAGUCCAAGCAAUGAACAACUUGGGGUCUGGUCCUGAACCUGAUGUAAUAACUGGCUACUCAAGUGAAGACAUUCCAGAAGCAGCUCCUUCUGAUGUAAUUGUGCAAGUCAUAAACAGCACUUUAGCUAAAGCUAUCUGGUCUACAAUUCCAAAGGACAGAGUUCGUGGGCACCUCAAAGGCUAUAAGGUCAACUGGUGGAAAAUACGAAAUCGCUUGGGUGAAAAAAGCCAUCGCCUGGACAAACGGGCCUUGCUGUUUAAUGCAGAUCGACAUGACGGAAUGAUUCCUGGUCUAGACCCUUUCAGUGAAUACCGUUUAACAGUUUCUGCGUAUAAUUCCAAAGGGACUGGACCAGAAAGCCUCACAUAUGAAUUCCAAACUCCAGAGGGAGUCCCUGAAAAACCACAUUUCCUAAAGAUAUUAAAUUUUGAUAAAGAUUCGGUAACACUAUCAUGGGGACCACCUAAGAAACCAAAUGGUAUCAUCACUGGAUACAUUUUGCAGUACCAGAUGAUUAAUGAAACUGAUGACAUUGGGCCCUUGCGGGAAAUCAAUAUUACCAACCCUUCAGCAUUCAGCUUCAGGCUUUCCAAUCUGAACAUCAGCACUAAAUAUAAGUUCUAUGCAAGAGCCUGCACACUUGAAGGCUGUGGGAAACCAAUCACAGAGGAAGGGAUAACAAUUGCAGAAGGCAGUAAAGCUGUUGGGAAGAUUUCUGAAGCAGUAAAUCCCACCCCAAAGAUUCAGCCUCUUGAGGCGCUUGAGCCUGGAAGUGCAUACACAGUUCGACUAGUGACUAAGAACUGGGUUGAUAAUAAUAGCAUUUCUGCAGAUGUAAUUGAGUCAAGGGGGAGAGCUUAUGCUGGAAUUUAUGAAAGGAUCUCGACACAAGGCUGGUUUAUUGGACUGAUGGGUGCAGUUGCUUUGCUUACCUUAUUGUUGCUUACAGUUUGUUUUGUCAAAAGGAACAAAGGAGGCAAAUAUUCAGUGAAAGAAAAAGAAGAUUUACAUCCAGAUCCUGAAGGACAAUCCAUAAAAGAUGAAAUCUUUGGCGAAUAUAGUGACAGUGAUGAAAAACCACUGAAAGGAAGUUUGCGAUCUCUUGACAUGGACAUUAAGACUGCAGAGAGUGCAGAUAGUUUGGUGGAUUAUGGAGAUGGGGACCACAGAAUGUUCAAUGAAGACGGUUCCUUUAUUGGUGCUUACACCGGAUGUAAGGAGAAAGCAUCAGUUGAAAGCAUUGGGAGCUCUACAGCAACCUUUCCUCUCCAUGCAUAAUAUAUUAGCAUGAAUAAUUCAUUUCAAGUCACCAUAUUUAUCUUUACUAGUCAUCAAAUAUCAUACAAGUCUAAAGUAGGCUGCAGAGAAGUUCAAGACGUCAACCUUCAGCCUAUUUAGAAAUAGGGAGCUGACUUCAAAGCUGAUUUGUGAAAUUCUUCUUUCUGAAGACACAGGCAUUGUGAUUUCAUUAAAAUCUUUCUCAGAACUAAAAUUUGGUAAGACAUAUGCCACUCGGCCUGACCAAAAGCGCCACAACUUCAGUGUUAUAUAUACUUGUAUAUAGGGACCUGAUAUUCUUCAUGGCUAGUCCUAAAGAUUUGUGUAGCAGUGACAACACUCAGACAGCUUACACUGAAAUUAUAGGUAAUAUUUUAUCUUGACUUUUGAUAGUGGGGCGUAGUUUUCCUACUGUGAUCCUACAACAAAAGUGUACUACCAAAUCAUGGAUACAUAGACCAGGAUCCUGCGCUCCUGACAGAAUGGGUUCCCUCAGCAAAACUAUGAAAUGGGCAUUUUUUCCCCUCCACUUCUUCCCCCAACACACACAUUGAAAACCCUUCAAUGCAAGUUUCUGGGUAGCGUGGAAGUCUUCUCAGGCAGACUAGGUGAAAAUGUAUUUUUGUCCUAUCAAUUGACCAAAAGUCAAGCGCUAGAUUAUAGGAAAAUGCAGCCAAUGCUUUAGGGAUUGUUAUCUAAUGAAAUCUAUUCUAGUCUUUCUUCAUGUACAAUGGAGGAUAAAGUGUGGUUUGCUCAACAUGUGUGACUUAUAGGGCUGUUUUGUAGCCCUCACGAAUAAAAGAGAAGUUUUCAAAGAUUUUUUUUAAAAAAAAAUCCCAAAUGCCUUCUAUGGGGUAUGGGAGGCAUUUAUGCCAGUUUUGGCCACAUCUCUCAGACUAAUUUCAUUCCACAAGAGGACUUUUUCUGAAACAAGAUGUGAAACAGGAGUGACUUCUGCUCACUUUCUGAUUGUUUUUUUGGUUUUUUUGGGUUUUUUUUUAAAAAAAAUCUUCUCUUAAACUUAAAAUGGUCAAUUGGGACCUAAAAACACAGCAAAAAAUGCACCCUAAAAUCAUUUCAGGACAAAAUCGUCCCCCCCCCCUUUCCUCCUUCCCUUUAGUUUUCCUUUCCUAGAAAUAUGCAGUGGACAGUGCAGCAUGUCAAGAUUUGCUGAGGUUCCAUUGCAAAAUGUCUUGUCAGUAAUGGCAAUUGCGAGUGUCCUAACAGUGACCUACAAGUUUCUUAUUAGAAGCACAUUGUUACUUGUGGGACUGAGCUUUGAACAAAGCUCUUGUAUUUUUGUGCUUCUGUAUAUACAUUUCAAACCACAUUCCCUAAUAAUGUCAUGUAACAACAGAAUUACAGAAAUCAGACUCCAGACAGAGAAAGCAGAAACAGUGGCAUACAUUAUUACAAUUACUUUAGACAAAUCAUAAAAGAAGCCCCCCCCCCCCCCAAAAAAAAGAGAGAGAAAAGCUCCAUACCUUUUAUAUUCCCCAAAAAACAUCCUGGUUGAUUUUGAAAUCUGUAUUCUGUUUUGGCCACUUCUGCAAGAUGCAGUGUUUUUAUCUGCCAACAAUGUAAUCAUGAAGUGGUUGAAUCUUGUCUCUCUUUUGCCCACUAGCUGGCACUCUUUCUUUAUGAAAUCAGCUGCAUUAACACUAUUUCUGGUUGAGGUAAGCAUGCAGCUGAUAUAGAGUUCUUGAGUACAAGCUGAAAUAGAUCCCCCCCUCAAGACAAAAUAGACUUUUUUAAAAAAGCAAAUUGACAUUAUCAGUACUCCAUGUAUAUAUUUGUAUGCCCGCAUACCUUUUGUGAAUUCUUGUAUAUAUUAUGUUUAUACAGAUUCUUUCUGGUGAGCCACAUUGCUUUUAUUUUAUAGCAAAAUAACAAUGGAUAGCACAGGGCAUUUCAGCUGAGUUGCGAUUAUCGUUUUCUUGUGUCUAUGAUUUUUUUAUACAUACAGUUAAUUUUCCAUAUUAAGCAUGUGGAGCCUUCCUUGUAUUACUUUAAAAAAAACAGUGUGAGAUUUUCCCAUUCAAAUCCCCAAGCAUGAAUAUUUUGAAAUUCCUUGGAGUCUCAGCUUGAUUAAUGCUGAAUCAAAGCAAAUGCCAUUACCAAAAGGGCCUAUAGAUGACUUGUUGAUUCCAGCAGAAUUCUGUCUUUGGUGUUAAAAAAAACUGUCUCCUGAAGCUAUAUUCAUUGAGUGAUAAACAAAAGUGAUCAUGCUAAUUGCAGUGAUACAGAAACAGUUGCAUGAAAAACAAACCUGGGGUAACCUCAGUAUUUUAUGUGAACACAUUUUUUAUUUGCUAUUCAGACUUAUUUCAUAGUAUUUGAUAGACAAAUCUGGCAUAUGCAUUCCUAUUCUGAGCAUGUACAAAUAAAUCUUAAUACGACUCUGUUUCUCUUUUAAUGUGAUUGUGAAUACAGUUGAGCCAAAUCACGAUUCUGAGCUAGUCCCAGAUAUUUCAGCUGGGGCUUAGACCCACAAACCUAAAUUGUCAGUCCCGACUAUAAGAGACUCAACAAAUUAAUUGAUAUGUUAACUUACUUAUUUCCAAUGGCUCUACUCUAUUCAGGACUAACAAUUGGAUUUAAGUCUAGACAUCUUUAAAGCUUAUUUUAAAAAGGAUCCCGAAACAUAAAAGUCCCAAUUAUUUCAGAGAGACUGUCAAUGUAUUUUUGGCUAGGGUUUAUUAAGGAGAUAUUUUGUUAAGGCUUCAGGUAUGUAUAUCCUGGCAUAUCCAGCAUAACACGUGCCUUCUCUAAAAGUAGCUUAAGAACUUAUUUGAUACAAAUCACAGGCUGUAAGAAGCAUAAACUAGCUUCCAUUUUUAAGAAUAUAUGGUACAAAGUAUGGGAAACCAACCAGCAUUUUAGUUACACCAUGGAAGAUAUUUCAUGCCUGAGUGGAAAAACAGUUGACAGGAUGCACGACAUGUGGGAUACAUGCGAAAAGGGCAAUUAUAGUACCCACAUUCCUGCAUGGGUGCCCUUCAUAUAUCCCUGUUUGCUCACCUGUCUUCAGCAUCUGAAUAGUGAUUAGAGCAGGAGGAAGCCAUCUUGAGUAUCAUUAAUUUUAUAGAAAGAUAGGAUAUAAAUUUACUAAGCAAAUAAAGGAGGAGUACUCUCCACUAACUUUAUUUCUUCUGAAGAAUGGUACAGGUUGGACUCAAAGGAUAAGGUUACCUGAAUAUGUGCUGUUGCCUGUGGAGGGCAGCUUGGGCAUCACAAAACCUGGAAACAACAGUGUCUUUCUGUGACCGGUUUUCGGGCAUACCAUUGGACUAGAAAUCUUAGUACCAUACCUUGCCAAACAUUCUCUGAGGCCAUUUUACUGAUCAGGCUAGAACUUUUGUAAAAAUUGGAAUCCUUGCUCUGUUAAGAGAUCUGAUUUCCAAAAGCCAUGCUGUACAGUCCACACAAUCUUGUUUUCCAUAAUGUAGCCAGUAUCCACUACUUCUGUUUCGAAGACUAGAAUCAUAGAAUCAUAUAAUAAUAGAGUUGGAAGAGACCUCAUGGGCCAUCCAGUCCAACCCCCUGCCAAGAAACAGAAAAUCGCAUUCAAAGCACCUAGAGUUGAUAGUCCAUAAAGCCUACCUUAGGGUUCAUGGAACUAUGAAGAAAGCAUGAAAGCAAUCUGGAAACACUUGUAAUUAUGGAGGAUUUUCUGCCCCCAGGUCUUCUGGGAGCUUCAUACUGUGCCAUAAAACCCAGAAAAAUCUAGUGUAUAGAAAUUGAUUUCUCAUUUUGAAAAAAAAAAAGCCCCAAGUAUUUCUUUGUAUUAAACAAUGCAGGAAUCAUCUGUGGCUUGUUUCAGAGAUGAAUCGCUGUUCAUGGGAACUUCCAAGAGAAACCUGAGCUGAAGGACUCCACAUUCACUGUGAAACACUUUACCCAUGCCUGUUGUACACUGUGAACUAGCUUUUACAGGGCAGUUUUCUAAACCACCUCCUUCCCUGAUAUGGGAGAACAAACAUGACACACCCCGCCAUAUAAAGCUAGUCAUAGUCUACAAGUACUGUUAUCUGGUAAUAGGUAGUAAUUUUGCAACCUCUAGAAGCUUAUCUGAUUCAGUAUGAUCAAUUAGUUUAUGUCCUAGAUUGAAACUUAGGCAGGCACCAUAAUUAAUCUAUACCUAGAGGAAACUUUUUUCUUAAGAAUCUAAACCAAUAUUUACACUGAGAAGUAAAUAUUUAUACCAUCUUGACCAUCACAUUAAAAAUGACAGAUGUGGCAUCCUAAAAAUGAUCUUUGACAGUAUGAUAAGAUCAUCUCAUGUUCUAGUUUCUUCUCUCUUGAGUACUUUACAGUUGGAACUUUAACAUGAUGUCUAAAGUUUACCCCAAAAAAGCCAAAAAUCUCCAAUGUAGACUUUAAAAUCUGCAUUCACUUGUUAGAUGCAUGUUACUUGAAUAUGAAUGAAAUGAAAUUUUCAUUUUAAAAAAGAGGCUGGUAUUGCCUUUGAUUUUGAGAGGAUAUGCUAAUAUGUCUGAAAACAACAUGUAAUUUCAACAUUAUUUUUAAGAUACAAGCUAUACAAACAACAUUGUCCAACCAGGAAUCUAAAAAUGACACAAAGACUUAGUUUAUUCAUUAAUUUGUGAGUUUAAGGUGACAGCAGUAUUGUCAUCUCAAAAACAGUGCCAGACCAUGCAUUAUAUUUGGAAGUGUAAAAAUCCAACAAUAUUUGCCACAUUAUAUACUGAACUGAUAAACUGAUACAGUAUGGUAGGUCAUUUACUUUUGCAGGGGUUACGGGCACGGGACUUCUGUGAAAAUGAUAAAAAGUUAAUUAAAAAUGCUAUUAUUUUACCUAAGAGAACAUCUCUCUAUGAAUUUCUAGGUCCUCCAGCACAACUCUUUGGUCAACAUCUGAUGGUUGUGCUAGAGACCCCUAGAGAAAACAUAUUAAUCAAAUCCACAAAAGUUAAACCUGAAAAUGUGGAGUACCAAGUGCAUUUAAUUUUUUCAGACACUUCUGUCAAAGGGCUGGUUCAUACAUGUUUCCAGUAUAUUAACAGGGUCCUUCCUGACUAUCUCCAGACACAGAUCUGUGUGGAGAAUUGUCAAGGUAAGCUGAAUUGUACUCAGGUAACGCCAGAAGCAGCAUCUAAUGAGUCUGUUAAGGCAGCUAAAACAACUAAAAUCAUGUGAACACGUUAAUGACUGGGUGCAGUGACUCUGCUGUGGAUCCAGCUGUGCAUCAUCCUGACUCCCUUCAGCAGCUGAGUCAUUACUCUAUUUUAAUCAUGUAGACAUGGCCUUAGCUGAUCUUGGACAGUUGCAUCUUGACUUGGGGAAUGAACAUUAUUUGUUGCCCCACAUGCAACAAAAUAUAUUGGGCAGGUUCUAAUAUUUCAUUGAGCAACUAAAGUAUACCAUUAGCAAGUUCUAAGAGAACUUUAGCAAUUAAACUGAGACUUUAUAGGGUGAGCUAAUAACAGUAGUAACAGAUUAAAGAUAAGAAUAAAGUGAUAUGAUUACAGGCUGUCAGCUUUCUCUACUUCAUCUACUUUGGAAAGAAGGAUAGCAAGAUAUCAGCACAAACAAAGGUGAUGCUAUUUUACCAUAAUGCAACAACAUCAUAUCAAAACUCACACUUCUGGGUAGGGAAAAUACAACCUUCCAAAUGUUGUUGGAAUUCUUUUUCCAAAAUCCCUCACUAUGGAUGAUGUUGGUUUGGCCUGAUAGGAAUUGCAGACCAAAAACAUAUGGAGCUUGCAGGCACUUUGCCUAACCUGCUCACAUGGUGCUCACAGAGCAUCAUCUCUGCCUGUACCGUCACCUUGUGACAUCUUCGACAUAGGGUUCCAAAUUUACUGGUACCCAACAUCUGAAGCUGCUAGGCUUCAGGCAAUUCUUCAUGAGUGUUCUGCAACAAACAAUGCUACUGUUUCCAAAAUAGUUGUAUUUGGACCAAUCUGUUGAUUUCUUCAUGAUGUGGAAUCGUAGAUGAAGUUUCAGAAUUUGCAAAUUAUUCAGGAUCUGUUCAGCAGGAAAAGAGUAGAUGACUAUGCACAUGUAGCAUCUUGCUGUAUCACAUGUUUUUCUUCCACAGUUUUUCCGUACAUGUCUACAGUUCAAAGCUAAUGUUUUCACUUUAUUUUUGGACAUUGCACACAUGGUACCACCACUAUUUCAAGGGGGAUAAUUGGUUCUCAAAGAAUGAGAGCUGCUAUUGAAACCUUAAGUCCUGCUGUGUUACUAUUGUCACACACCAUAUGAUACACAUUUGACUGACAUAGUCACCAUGAAAAGUCACUUCAAGGUGUGUUUAGUAUAUCAACAGGUUAAUUCAGUAUAUCAACAGGACCAUGAGAAUUGACCUAAACAAAUAAAGUGAUGCUUGAAUGGAUUUAAAGCAGGGAUGGGGAUCAGCUGGCUCCCACACACCAAAUCUUACUGAAUUGUAUGUCUUAACAGAUCAUAGCCAUAUGCUCAGAGAUAGAACCCAAGAACCUCUGAACGGCCACAUUAUUUAUGGCCUAAACAGUUGGAAUGAGACCAAGUAUUUUAGAAAUAAGUUGCUAAACGAGAAGAUGAAUCUGUCCUUUUAUUUCAUUUCCUUACAGUUGUAAAGAAUGUAUUGGAUUCAUUUAAAUAAAAUCAUAGUCCCAAUAAUACCAGUUGGAGGAUACAGUAGGUCAUAUAUAAAAAUUUUAACAUUACAUUUAUUUUAGAGCUUUGUUUAUGGGAAAACAUUCCAGUGUCAUAGAAAACUGUAAAAGAUGCAAACAAAAUUAUUAUAUUCAUGUUGUUAAUUUUUCCAUUUAUUAAAGAGAAGAGCAAGGCCCUAAAACCAGGAGCAACUUCAGGUAUAAUUACAAUAUGUCCUCAUGAAUACGUCUUGAAUGCAACCUCCACUCCCAUAUCUAAUGUAUAAGGCUGGUAACUUUGUCAGUGGGUAUUUUCUGAGUGAACAAGCUUCCAGCUCUCUUCGGACACCAAAGUAACAAACUCUGGAGCUGUCACAGUGCAUAUCACUGCCUGGAGAAGGCUGGAAGCAUCAUCACUCACAGCUUCAUUCCUUAGCACUUCUGAAAAUUCUCAUUUGGCAGAGAUGCCAGGCUUAUGUUAUGGGCUUUGGGGAGGACUUUUGGUAAUUGCCUGAACAGGAUGCCAACUAGUGUUUUUCUUAUCUAUUUGUUUAAAAAUAUUUGUUUUAUUACUUCAAUUGUAUGCAACAAUUGUAUGCAUAGCUAUAUGGCAAUCAGUAUCAAAGUGAUUGAGAGAAAGGUGGCAACAUAAGCUUUCAUAAAAAUCCGUAUCUUAGGAAGUGGACAAAGCAAAAAGUAUACUGGCUGGUAAAUAUGGGGCCAGUCCAGAGCAGAAAUAUGCCAGACCUGCCCCUGAGGUGGCCACAUUCACCCUCCCAAACCCAUUGUGGUGGUUAGUUAGAGUCCACACAGUUCAGCUGUGUUGGCCCCACUGGACUUCUCACCUCACCCUCUGUUUAACAGUCAUCUCUCCAGGCCAGCCACAGAACUCCAUGUGAGCUUCUGGCUAUUAUGAGUGUCUCAUUCUGACAGCAGCAGAAUCACUCACAUGUACAGGAUAGAGGAGUCUGAGCUCCCCACCUUCUUGGUUACAUGGGUAUCUCUGUUGAUGUCAGAACAGGUGCAGGGAAAGGUGAGGGCGGUAAUGUCCUGCGUGAACAGUCGAUUGGUCUGAAUCAUACUGCCACAAAGCUGCAGGACAUUCCAGAGCACUUCCCAGCUUUGCUCAAAGUGGGGCAUAAAUGGAUAACCAGCAAUACUCAAUAUAAGUGACACCAUAAGACAGUCAGAAUCAAACUCAGAGCGAGUCCGGGUUUUCAUGCCAGUGUAGACCAACUCACAUAGAUAAGCUCUUUCCCUACUAACUUAUUUAUCUGAGGUGAUACAAGAUCUCUCUGCAAAAAUGAUAUUCCAGAUUAACAUGACUAUGUCUUUGAAUUCUAUCUGGCAAUAACAUUAUUGAACACAGUGAGUUUUGUUAAUCUGCAUAAGAACAGAUAGGACUUCAUUUUCAAUCUGCCAUUUAUAUUUCUAUGGAUGUUUACUUCAAAGUUUAUCCAGUUCAAUGGGAUUUAUACCUAAAUAAGUGGAUAUUUGAUUGAAACCUAAACCCAAUUGUGAAACCCAAAGUAGACCCAUUGAAAUAAUGGGAAAUUGACAUUCCAUUGAUUUAAUUGUAGUUUGGACAAGCAAAUGGAUUUAGGUCUGUACAUUUUAAACUUUAAAAAACUGUUUACAUGUAAGCACUGUCCUUAUCGCUUCAGGUCUCCAAAUUUGUAAUCUUUGGUAAUUUUUCAAAUAUUGCAUAGGGUUGGUCAGAGCCAAAGCAUAUACUUAAAAAAUCUUCAUGAAAAAUAAAAGAUGGGAACAUGUUUACUGGGUUCAUACUACUAUUUUUCAAGCUCAAUGUUAGUGGAAACUAAUUAAAAUUUAGCAAAAUGUGUUUGGAAUGUACUUGCUGUUUGUAUCAUGCCUAUGUAUAUGUCUGGUUUUUUAAAAAUAUUUUCAUUCUACAUGAAUUUCAACUUUGCUAAUAAAAGUUUGAGUUGAUGUAAUCUUCAAAA